GCGGGCCUCCGGUCCCCUCCGCGCUGUGGGCGGCCGGUGCCGAGGCUCCGCGCCCCCCGGCCGCACCAUGUUCAAGAAACUGAAGCAGAAGAUCAGCGAGGAGCAGCAGCAGCCUCCGCCCACGCCGCCGCCCCCGGCCCAGGUCACUCUGAGCCCGUCUACCCCAUCACAGACCAGGAACCGGACGUCUUCGCUUGUUGAACAGAGUGAUGAAGGUACACCAAACCGAGAGCUGCUAGCCGGGAUGAUAGCAGAGCCUGCUUUUCUCUCUGAGUACACUAUCUUUGCUCUGGAUCCCUCCAAGCCAGCUAAGCCCCCGAGUGACCACAGCGCGAACGCAGUUACGUUGUCAUCACUCAAAGCGGCCGAUGGGGUUCACGUCAACGGGCCAAGUCCCGCUCAGCCAACUGACACGCAGACCUUUGCCCAGAAGCUCCAACUCCGGGUCCCAUCGCUGGAAUCCCUGUUUCGAAGUCCAGUCAAACAGUCGCUGUUCCGGGCGCCAUCCAAAGAGUUUCUGGCACGAACCUCCUCUAGAGAUUCUUUAAACCAGCUGGACUUGGACGCCUCCACCUCUGCAUUUGAUCCACCAUCUGACGUUGAGAGCGAGGCGGAGGAUGCCAUGGGGAACGUGGACAGCCUUACGGAAGACCAGCUGCUUUGGCGUUUGAAUAAGAGCGAGCGCUGUAUAAAUACCUACAGAGAGAAAUAUUCAGAGCUUUUCAGUGCUUAUCAAGUUUCCCAGAGAGAGAAGAAAAAGCUACAGAGCAUUUUAGGCCAGAGUCAGGAUAAAGCGCUUCAGAGAAUUGGAGAACUGCGUGAGGAAAUCCAAAUGGGCCAACAAGCUAAAAAACACCUCCAGGAUGAGAUGGAUGCUUCUCUGGAAGAGAAAGAUCAACUUAUCAGUGUUCUUCAAACCCAGGUGUCCCUUUUAAAGCAGCGGUUGAUGAAUGGGCAGAAGAUUUUUAACUCCUCCACAUCAGAAUCCCAAAACGAGUCUCAGACCUCAAGCACUAUGGAAGAAUCGUCCCUCAGGCCCGAUCUAGAAUCAGGAAACAUUGCCAGAGAUUCAGUAGACGUAGAAACCCUUCAGCAGAGAGUUACACGGCAAGAGAACUUACUAAAGCGCUGUAAAGAGUUGAUUCAGUCCCACAAGGAGCGGUCCACCCUGUUAUCCAACGAGAAAGAAGCACUACAGGAGCAGCUGCAAGAGAGACUUCAGGAACUAGAGAAAAUGAAGGAACUCCAAAUGGCUGAGAAGACAAGGCUGAUUACUCAGCUGCGGGAUGCCAAGAACCAGAUUGAGCAACUUGAACAAGAUAAGGGCAUGAUAAUAGCAGAGACGAAGCGUCAGAUGCACGAGACGCUGGAAUUGAAAGAAGAAGAAAUCGUCCAGCUGCGGAGUCGCAUCAAGCAGAUUACCCUCCAGGGGGAGAAGUUGCAAGAACAGAAAGAGAAGUCAGAGAAAGCUGCUUUCGAGGAGCUUGAGAAAGCCUUAAGUACAGCCCAGAGAACCGAAGAAGCCCGGAAAAAGCUGAAGGCAGAGAUGGACGAGCAGAUCAAAGCCAUAGAGAAAACGAGUGAAGAGGAACGGGUGAACCUUCACCAGGAGCUGAGCCGGGUGAAGCAGGAAGUCGUUGACAUUAUGAAGAAAACUUCAGAGGAACGACUCUCUCAGUUACAGAAUCUGCACGAGCAAGAACUGAUUAAGAAAGAGCAAGACCUGAAUGAGAAAUUCCGGGCUCGAGAAAAGGAACUUCAGGAACAAAUGAAAGUUGCUCUUGAGAAGAGUCAAAUAGAGCAUUUAAAAACAGCUCAAGAAAAGGAACAGCAAGGAUCCUUGGCCCUUGAAGAAUUAGAGUUGCAGAAAAAAGCUAUAAUCUCAGAGAGUGAGAAUAAACUUCAGAACCUUCAACAAGAAGCAGAGACAUAUAGAACUCGAAUUCUCGAAUUGGAAAGUUCCCUGGCAAAGUACUCUCAAAACAGUGAAAAUCAAUCUGCCGAAUUAACGUCGCAGAUCGAAGCUGCAAAGAGCCAGCAUAAUGAGGAAAUCACAGCCCUGGCAGAAAACCAUAAGGCAGAGCUAGAAAACCUCCGGGAGCAGCUGGCCCAUCAGUGGACCGAUAAGCUCCGAGUCCUGAAAGAACAGCACAAGGCCAGUGUGGAGAAACUGAGGGAGAAACAUGAACGAGAACGUGACGCCCUUUUGAGGGAAAAAGAGACAGCCUUCCACGCACACAUAGAGGAAAUGAACAAUAGAAUGUUAGAAAAACUUGACGUGAAACAAACGGAGCUGGAAGCGUUAUCUUCCGACUUAGCCGAAGCCCUAAAAGUUCGCCUCAGGCUAGAACAAGAGCUUUCUUCAUUGCAGAGCGAGGCAGAGGCAGUUAAACAAGAGCAGCAGUUAAAGCUGCAGGAGGAAAAGGCCCGUCACCAGGAACAAGUGGACAGUGCGAUGAAGGAACGAGAAAUAUCCUCCCAGAAAGUCGAGAAGGCCCUGAAGGAUGAAAUUAAUCAACUGUGUCUUCAACUGAAGGAGAAGGAUGACGAUUUAGCUGAGCAGAGAGAACGAGGGCGAAAGCUAGAGGAAUCCUCGAAGGAGGCCAAAGCCGAGGUUAAACGAUUGUCUGCCGCGCUUGACGGUGUCCAGUCCCAACAAGAUAAUUCGAGCCAAUGGUUGAAGGCUUAUGAAGAUCAGCUGGCCGAGCUCCGAUCAAAGUUGUCGGCCAUGGAAGCAGAAGAAAGUCAACUGAAAGCCCAGGCGGUGGAAACCAAAUUCCAACAGAAGGAAGGCAGGGCCGAAUUAGACUCGUACAAAAUCCAGGUUCAGGAAUUGACACGGCAACUUGAGACGCAGAGAGACGAGAUGGAUAAGAAAGUCGCUUCCCUAACAGAGCUGUACGAGGCUCGCUCGAAGGACAUUAGCAAAGAACAAGAAGAGACAAGACGAAGGUUGGCUGAGAGGGAGAAUGAAAUCGUACAAAUGAAAGCCCUCCAGGUCAAGGAGAUAGAGUAUCUCCAACAAAAACUAUCAGCCAAGGAAGAGAGCAUCAGCAUGUUGCAAGGCGAAUACGAGAGCAAACUCAAAAAUCAAGAAACAAAGAUGGAAAAACUCAAACAGAAAGCGAAGGAGAUGCAAGAAACAUUCAAGAAGAAACUGUCCGAACAGGAAGCCAAGCUUAAGAAGGAGCUUGAAAACACCCAUCUGGAGCUCAGUCAAAAAGAAAAACAGUUUAAUUCAAAAAUGUUGGAAAUGGCGCAUGCGAGCUCAGCUGGGAUUAAUGAAGCUGUGUCAAAGCUGGAAAAGAACCAGAAGGAACAGCUCGAAAACCUUGCUGAAACUCAUCAGCGGGAACUUACCGAGGUCAGAUUAACCUGGGAAGAGAAACUCAGUCAGCAAGUCGAAGAGUUCCGGGAAGAGCGUGAGGUAGAACGUCGGGAAAAAGAGCAAGAAAUAGUGGAGUUGAAGGACAGGCUUUCGGCUUUCUGUUCGGAAAAGGAGAGGACGGGAAAGGAACUGACGAGGCUGAAGGAAGAGGGAGCCAAACGGGAUUCCUUUUUGAACGAGGUGCAAGAACAGCUAAAGGAGGCGUCCGCCCAAGUGAGAGUCCUCUCUCAAAGCGAAACGGGCCUGAGGGCCCAGCUCGAAGAACUAGAAAGCUCCCUGAGCCAGUCUCAGAGCGAAAAGACGCUCCUUCAAGACCGGCUUGCCGAACUUAGGGGUCUUGAAGAUGACGCCAAGACCAGGGUUUCCGACCUGUCUGACGAAUUGAAAAGUUCGGAUGAGAAGCUGAAGGCUCUGGGAGCCGCCUGUGAGGAAUAUGAGAGGAAACUAGAGGGAAAAAAUCUGGAAUUCCAGAAGGCGACAGAGGAACUGGCCGCCCAGCUCAGUGCAUGCUGUGGGAAAACGGAAGCCUUCUUUCAUGCCGAAACCGAGAAGCUGCUCACUGAAAGCAACACCAAAAUCAAAGCCGUCCUCUCCAGGCUCGCCGUUUGUCAGUCUCGGACGAGCAAGGUGAAAGAGGUCCUUUUGGCACGGGUGGGUCAGGUUCCCGAAUUGGAAGCACAGCUCAGGAGGGUCACUGAAGAGCAGGCCGCGGCGAGCAACACCCUGUGCCAGUCCACCAAGCACUUGCAAGAGAAAGAGAGUCAGAUCAUCAACCUGAGGGCUGACAUCGAACGUCUGGUGGCAGAAAACGAAGCCCUGCGGGAGGAAGGAGGUCACCAGCAGCGGACUGCCUCUGAGAAAGAGGCCUGCAUCGUGCAGCUGAGGACAGACCUGUCCACCCAUGUCGAUGCUGUCUCUGCAGUGAGAGGGGAACUGGAAGAAAAGAAAUCGGAGGUGGCCAGCCUCAACAGACUAGUGAGCGAACUCCAGCUUCAGAACCGCACUGACUUAACUGAGAAAGAGGCUGCCCUAGCUCUGCUCAGCGAGCAGCACCGAGAGGAUCGGCUGGCGCUUUUGAGUCAAGUGGAGGAUUUAGUUCUGAAGGUCGACACCCUGAACAGAGAAAAAGCUUCCGCUCUGGAACAAGUAGAUAGCUGGUCCAUGCAAGUCGCCGAAUGGAAAGGGAAAGCACAGGCCACUUGUGCGCAGAGCGAGGGUACCGUGAAGGAAUUAGAAAAGCAACUAGAAUUAAAAACCAGGGAAAUGGACGAAAAAGACAAACAGAUAAGCCUGCUGAAGGAGGAUCUCAGUAAACAAAGUAAGCAGUUGGAGAGCCUGAAGAGUGAAAUGGAAGAACAAAACCAGAGAGAGACUCAGGGGAGGGACUUAGCCGCUCAGUUAGCCUCCCAAACAGCCAGAAUUGCAGAAUUAGAGGAGCAGGUCACCAAGAAAACAGCCGAAAAUGAACACCUAAUGGAAGAUCUGAAGAGACACAAUCACCCCCAGGUUAUCGAACAGCAAGAAGGAGUUCACAAGCCCCAACACACUCAAGAAGGAAAGCGGGACAGGCUUAAAGGAGCCGAAGAAAAGAUUUUAAGGCUUGAGAAGCAAGUGGAUUCGAUGGAAGCUGAGCUGGAAGCGAAGCAGAGGGACUUUGACUCUAUGAAAGAUUCAAGUGGGAAAAGCCAGGAAGAGGCACUAAAGGCCCUAGAGGAGAGGCUGAAUGUUGAAAGUGCUGCAAAACUAGCAGACUUGAAGAAGAAGGCGGAGCAGAAAAUCGCCGCUAUCAAGAAGCAGUUGCGGUCUCAGAUGGAGAAAAAAGAGCAGCAGUAUAAGAAAGAGACGGAAAACCAGUUAGAAGAGAUGAAUCAAAAAAUACGGGAAAGUGAGAAAGAAAUUCAGACUCUCCAAGAAAAACUUAAGGCAAAUGAAAGCUCCCCAGGAUUUGAAAAAGUGACAGUGCCAAAGGAGACGAAGUGUGUGAAGGCCUCCAAAGGGCAGAAAGAAACAGAUGCUCCCAAUAGCGAUGUACACAUCUAUGAAGAAAAACUACAUUUGUUGCAAAGAGAUUUAGAGGCCAAAGAUAAGUUGUUGCAGAAAUUAGAAAGAGAAAAGGAAGAGGAGGACAUGUCUCAACGUGGGAUGCACAAUCAAAGGCAGGAGCUGUUCCCGGAAAUAGAAAACCUGGAGAAGAAGCAACAAGUGGAAUCGGAUGGGCUCCGGAAUGAACUGGAAGAAUGGAGUAAGAAGUAUGUGCUGUUUGCCACCCAGAAUGCCAAAGAAGAUGGAAUGGGAAAUUCCAGAGCUGGAGAGCAGCCGGUGGUGGACAGCCUGAUGACGAUCGUCCAGAAAGCUCUGCAAGAAAAGGAACGGAACCAUAAAUUCAUGGAACAGAAGAUCAAAGAGCUGAAUGACCGCUUAGUCAGUGAGAAGGAAGCCCAUCGGCUCGAGGUAGAGGAGUGGACUUGGAGAUGUGAAAAAUCUCAGGCCCUUCAGAAACCUUGUGAUAUAAAAAUGAACCCCCCAGAAAUUGUUCCUGAAAGCACCCAGGAAAUCAGGAAGACGGAGGUGGAACUUCGGGGCAUGCUUAGCAGUUUCGGGGAGCAGCAGAAGGAACUGCAGUCAAAGCUAGAGGAUGCUGAGAGGGAGAAGCAGAAGCUGCAGAAAGAGAAAAACCAAUUGCAGAAGGACUUGCGGGCUCUGAGGAAGGUGCAUCAGCAAGAACUGGAGAUGAUAAAAAAGGAAUCUGAAAAAGAAAUGGAAGAGACAAUCAAUGCUCUUGCCAGAACUGAACAGGAAGAUUUGGAGCUGAAGCAUAAUUCCACGGUAAAGCAACUGAUGAGGGAGUUUAACACCCAGCUGGCUCAAAAGGAACAUGAGAUGGAAGCCACCAUAAAAGAAACGAUCAGUAAGGCCCAGGAGGUAGAAGCUGAACUACUGGAAACUCAUCAAGAAGAGACAAAACAGUUGCAGAAAAGGAUUUUGGAGAAAGAAGACGAUCUAAAAAGAACAGCUAGAAAAUACGAAGAUAUCCUUGAGGCUCGAGAAGAAGAAAUGAUGGCAAAAGUAGUUGAAUUGCAAAACCAACUUGAGGAACUGCACAAGGAAUACCAAAACCUCCAUGAUAAGGGGAAUCAGAGUGGUGAUGAUGUAACAAUCAUGGAGCUCCAGACACAGUUGGCACAAAAGACCACCCUUGUCAGUGAUUCAAAACUGAAAGAGCAAGAGUACAGAGAACAGAUUCACACCCUAGAAGACCGUUUGAAAAGGUACGAGAAGAAUAUUUAUGUUACAGCAACAGUUGGAACACCUUAUCAAGACGGAAAUCUGUGCCACACAGCAGUCACGCAGUUUGGCGAGCCUACUGAGUUUGAGUAUUUGCGAAAGGUGAUGUUCGAAUAUAUGAUGGGCCACGAGACCAAGACACUGGCCAAAGUGAUCACCACUGUGCUGAAAUUCCCUGCUGAUCAGGCUCAGAAAGUCUUAGAAAGAGAAGAUGCUCGACCUCGGUUUGCCUCUCCUCGCAGUGGUAUCUUCUGAGUAAACCAUCAGUCUGUGCUUAGUUAGCAUGUGGUCAUGGCUACAAUUUUAGUCUUGAAGACAUUUUCUAAAGAUUUUUUCCCAAUACUGCUGCUUAGGAAACCUUCGCUUCCGGGUCAUCUUUGAGAGCUGCAAUGAAGAGAGAGGAUUUUUAUGUUUCAAUAACUUGUGCAAUACAUUUUGAGGUGGAAUUUAAUAGAUGAUUUCUGGGUAAAUUAAACUAUUUGAUUAUUCUAUUACAACUUGAGUGUUUGCUAAAGACUAGUUCUUUCGGCUUUUGCCUAUAACAAAUCCAAAUGGCAGUACCUCAUUUGUUUACUUAGUUUUUGUACUUAUAUUUUCCAGAAGAAGAGAAUACUACUGUAAAUUGUAAAUAGGUAAUACCUAACUCUCAUUUGCUGAUCUGUGACUGUUGGCAAUCUUAAUCUGGGAGGAACAGAGGAAAAAUAAAAGUUUAUUUACUGUAUAAAA